AUGCGUCCCGAAGUUGAGCAGGAGCUCGCCCACACCCUGCUCGUUGAGCUCCUCGCCUAUCAGUUUGCCUCGCCCGUCAGAUGGAUUGAGACUCAGGAUGUGUUCCUCGGUGAGAGGACCGCUGAGCGAGUCGUGGAGAUCGGUCCUGCCGACACCUUGGGAGUGAUGGCCAAGCGAACCUUGAAGUCCAAGUACGAGGCCUACGAUGCCGCCAAGUCUGUUCAGCGAAAUAUCCUUUGCUACAACAAGGACGCAAAGGAGAUCUACUACGAUGUUGAUCCCAUUGAGGAGGAGCCUGAGCCCGCUGCCGCCUCUUCCAGUGAUGCUCCCGCCGCGGCUGCUCCCGCUGCUGCUGCUGCUGCUCCUGCGGCCGCUGCCGCUCCCGCUCCCAGUGCAGGCCCUGCUGCUGCUGUGGCAGAUGAGCCUGUUCAGGCCGUUGAGAUUGUCCGCGCCCUGAUUGCGCAGAAGCUCAAGAAGCCCCUCCUUGAGGUUCCCCUUAGCAAGGCCAUCAAGGACCUUGUCGGCGGCAAGUCGACCCUCCAGAAUGAGAUUCUUGGUGAUCUUGGAAAGGAAUUCGGUUCCACCCCUGAGAAGCCCGAGGACACCCCUCUCGAUGAGCUUGGUGCCUCCAUGCAGGCCACCUUCGAUGGCAACCUCGGCAAGCAAUCACAAUCUCUGAUCGCUCGAUUGAUCUCCUCCAAGAUGCCUGGUGGUUUUAACAUCACGGCCGCCCGAAAAUACCUCGAGACUCGAUGGGGUCUUGGCCCCGGCCGACAAGACGGUGCCCUGCUCCUGGCCCUCACCAUGGAGCCUGCUGCCCGUCUUGGUUCCGAGGCUGAUGCCAAGGCUUUCUUCGACACCGUCACCAACAAGUACGCCGACAACGCCGGUAUUAGCUUGUCGACCGCUGCUGCUGCCGGUCCCGCCGGCGGCUCUGGUGGUGGCAUGAUGAUGGACCCUGCUGCCAUCGAUGCUCUCACCAAGGACCAGCGUGCCCUCUUCAAGCAGCAGCUCGAGCUCCUUGCCCGAUACCUCAAGAUCGACCUUCGCGAGGGCGAGAAGGCCCACCUCAACUCUCAAAAGUCCGAGAAGGUCCUGCAGGCCCAAUUGGACCUCUGGACUGCCGAGCACGGCGAUUUCUAUGCUGCCGGUAUCGAGCCCGUUUUCAGCCCUCUCAAGGCCCGCACCUACGAUUCCUCAUGGAACUGGGCUCGUCAGGACGCCCUCAACAUGUACUUUGACAUCAUCUUCGGUCGUCUCCAGGUUGUCGACCGUGAGAUUGUCAGCCAGUGCAUCCGCCUCAUGAACCGCUCCAACCCCAAGCUCCUGGACUUUAUGCAGUACCACAUUGACAACUGCCCCACUGAGCGAGGCGAGACUUACAAGCUCGCUAAAGAGCUUGGAGAGCAGCUUAUCGAGAACUGCAAGGAGGUUCUCGAUGUUGCCCCUGUCUACAAGGACGUCGCUGUUCCUACCGGCCCCAGGACUACAGUCGACGCCCGAGGCAACCUCAACUACGAGGAAGUCCCCCGUGCUAGCUGCCGCAAGCUGGAGCACUACGUUCAGCAGAUGGCUGAGGGUGGCAAGAUCUCUGAGUACGGCAACCGUACAAAGGUUCAGAGCGACCUUCAGCGCAUCUACAAGCUCAUCAAGCAGCAGCACAAGAUGUCCAAGACUUCCCAGCUCGAGAUCAAGAGCUUGUAUGGUGAGGUCCUCCGCUCUCUCGCCAUGAACGAGAGCCAGAUCCUCCCCAAGGACAACGGCAAGGGCAGGAAGGGUCUGAAGGCUACCAGCCAGCCCAAGGGCAAGGUUGAGACCAUCCCCUUCCUCCACCUGAAGAAGAAGACUCUUCACGGCUGGGACUACAGCAAGAAGCUUACUGGAGUCUACCUGAACUGUCUCGAGGACGCUGCCAAGUCUGGAGUCACCUUCCAGAACAAGCACGUUCUCAUGACUGGUGCUGGCGCCGGUUCCAUCGGUGCUGAGGUUCUCCAGGGUCUUGUCAGCGGUGGCGCCAAGGUCAUUGUCACCACCAGCCGCUUCUCUCGAGAGGUUACCGAGUACUACCAGGCUAUGUACACUCGCUAUGGCUCUCGUGGCUCCCAGAUCGUUGUUGUUCCAUUCAACCAGGGCAGCAAGCAGGACGUCGAGGCCCUCGUUGAGUACAUCUAUGACACCAAGAACGGCCUUGGCUGGGAUCUUGACUUCAUUGUGCCCUUCGCCGCCAUCUCUGAGAACGGCCGUGAGAUCGACAGCAUCGACUCCAAGUCUGAGCUCGCUCACCGUAUCAUGCUUACCAACCUUGUCCGCCUCCUCGGAUGUGUCAAGGCCCAGAAGACUGAGCGCGGUUUCGAGACCCGACCUGCCCAGGUCGUCCUGCCCCUGUCUCCCAACCACGGUACCUUUGGUAACGACGGUCUCUACUCCGAGUCCAAGCUUGGUCUCGAGACCCUCUUCAACAGGUGGCACUCCGAGAGCUGGGCCAACUACCUCACCAUCUGCGGUGCUGUCAUCGGCUGGACCCGAGGCACUGGUCUCAUGUCCGGCAACAACAUCGUCGCUGAGGGUGUCGAGGCCUUUGGCGUCCGCACUUUCUCUCAGCAGGAGAUGGCUUUCAACCUUCUCGGCCUCAUGUCUCCUUCUCUGGUCAACCUGUGCCAGUCUGAGCCUGUCUUUGCCGAUCUCAACGGUGGUCUUCAGUUCAUCCCCAAUCUGAACGAGACCAUGACCAAGCUCCGCAAGGACAUUAUGGAGACCAGCGAGGUCCGCCGGGCUGUUAGCAAGGAGAGCGCCAUUGAGAACACCAUUGUCAACGGUGCUGCUUCUGAGGUUCUCUACAAGAAGAAGACCAUUGAGCCCCGUGCCAACAUCAAGUUUGACUUCCCCAACCGACCUGACUGGAAGAAGGAAAUCGAGCCUCUCAACGAGUCCCUCAAGGGCAUGGUCGACCUUGAGAAGGUUGUUGUUGUCACUGGUUUCGCUGAAGUCGGUCCCUGGGGUAACUCCCGUACCCGAUGGGAGAUGGAGGCUUUCGGCGAGUUCUCUCUUGAGGGUUGCGUUGAGAUGGCCUGGAUCAUGGGUCUUAUCAAGAACCACAAUGGUAUGGUCAAGGGUCAGCCCUACGCCGGUUGGGUUGAUGCCAAGACUGGUGAGCCCGUUGACGACAAGGACGUGAAGCAGAAGUACGAGAAGUUCAUCCUCGAGCACUCUGGUAUCCGCCUGAUUGAGCCUGAGCUGUUCCAGGGUUACGACCCCAACAAGAAGCAGUUCCUCCACGAGGUCGUCAUCGAGGAGGAUCUUGAGCCCUUCGAGGCCUCCAAGGAGACCGCCGAUGAGUUCAAGCGCGAGCACGGUGACAAGGUUGAGGUCUUUGAGAUUCCUGACAGUGGCGAGUACAUCGUUCGCUUGAGGAAGGGUGCUUCUCUCUGGAUCCCCAAGGCUCUCCGCUUCGACCGUCUUGUUGCUGGUCAGAUCCCCACCGGCUGGGACCCCAAGCGAUAUGGUGUGCCCGAGGACAUCAUCUCCCAAGUCGACCCCGUCACCCUCUUCCUGCUCGUUUCCACUGCCGAGGCUCUGCUCUCUUGUGGUAUCACCGACCCUUACGAGUUCUACAAGUAUGUCCACGUCUCCGAGGUUGGUAACUGUGUUGGUUCCGGUAUGGGUGGUGCUGCUGCCCUCCGUGACAUGCAUCGUACUCGCUUCCUUGACCAGCCUGUCCAGAACGACAUUCUUCAGGAGUCUUUCAUCAACACCAUGUCUGCCUGGGUUAACAUGUUGUUGAUGUCUUCUUCUGGUCCUAUCAAGACUCCUGUCGGUGCUUGCGCCACUGCUGUCGAGUCCAUCGAUGUUGGUUACGAGACCAUCAUGGAGGGCAAGGCCCGCAUCUGCUUCGUCGGUGGUUUCGAUGACCUCGGUGAGGAAGGCUCUUACGAGUUCGCCAACAUGAAGGCCACCAGCAACACCGUUGAUGAGUUGGCUCAUGGCCGUACUCCCAAGGAGAUGUCUCGUCCUACCACCACUACCCGAAACGGAUUCAUGGAGUCCCAAGGUUGCGGUAUCCAGAUCAUCAUGACUGCCAGGUUGGCUCUUGACAUGGGUGUCCCCAUUCACGGUGUCCUGGCUCUCACCACCACCGCCUCUGACAAGAUUGGCCGCUCCGUCCCUGCUCCCGGACAGGGUGUCCUCACCACCGCUCGUGAGAACCCCGGCAAGUUCCCCUCGCCUCUGCUCGACAUCAACUACCGUCGCCGCCAGAUUGAGCGCCGCAAGAAGCAGAUUAAGCAGUGGCAGGAGUCUGAGCUGGAGUACGUCCAUGAUGAGAUUGACGCUAUGAAGGCUCAGGGUGGCGAGUUUGAUGAGAAGGAGUAUGCCCAGGACCGCUUCACUCACAUCGAGAAGGAGGCUGCUCGACAGGAGAAGGAGCUUCUCCGCAGCAUGGGCAACAACUUCUGGAAGAGCGAUCCCAGCAUUGCUCCCCUCCGUGGUGCCCUCGCCACCUGGGGUCUUACCGUUGACGAUCUUGAUGUCGCUUCAUUCCACGGAACUUCCACCAAGGCCAACGACAAGAACGAGUCCAACGUCAUCUGCCAGCAGCUCCGCCACCUUGGCCGCACCAAGGGCAACGCUGUCUUGGGUAUCUUCCAGAAGUACCUCACUGGUCACCCCAAGGGUGCCGCCGGUGCUUGGAUGAUGAACGGUUGUCUCCAGGUCCUCAACACUGGUUUGGUCCCUGGCAACCGCAACGCCGACAACGUCGACCCCGUCAUGGAGCAGUACGAUCUCAUCGUCUACCCCAGCCGAAGCAUUCAGACCGACGGCAUCAAGGCCUUCUCAGUCACCUCUUUCGGUUUCGGUCAGAAGGGUGCGCAGGCCAUUGGUAUCCACCCCAAGUACCUCUUCGCCACCCUUGAUGAGAAGACCUACCUGGAGUACUGCAACAAGGUCGAGGCUCGCCAAAAGAAGGCCUACCGCUACUUCCACGACGGUUUCAUCAACAACACCCUGUUCGUCGCCAAGAACAACGCUCCUUACAGCGAUGAGCAGCUCAGCAAGGUGCUGCUGAACCCUGAUGCCCGUGUUAGCGAGGACAAGAAGACCUCCGAGCUCAAGUUCUCUGCCGACUUCAUGAAGAAGUCGGAGAAGGUUGUCUCGUCUACCAAGGCUAAGGAGACGGAGCAGGUCAUGGAGGCCCUUGCCCUCAAGGUGGCCAACAAGAACAGCCAGGUCGGCGUUGAUGUCGAGGAUAUCUCGGCCGUCAACAUUGACAAUGACACCUUUGUCGAGCGCAACUUUACCGCCCAGGAGAUUGCCUACUGCCGCCAGGCCCCUAGCCCCCAGAGCUCUUUCGCUGGUCGCUGGAGUGCCAAGGAGGCCGUCUUCAAGUCUCUGGGUGUUGCCAGUCAGGGUGCCGGUGCUGCCAUGAAGGACAUUGAGAUUGUCAAGGGAGAGAACGGUGCCCCUACUGUCUCUCUCCACGGUGACGCUGCCGCCGCUGCUCAGAAGGCCGGUGUGAAGGACAUUACUCUGUCCAUCUCGCACUCGGAUAGCCAGGCUAUUGCCGUGGCUGUUGCCAACUUUUAA